AUGGCGGUCAUCAGUGAAGCGGAAGAAAUUCCUGCCGCUUCAUCGCCCACUGUGCCGCCGCUCUCGACCGAGUCCCUGCCCACCGAGACGCCACAGUCGCCGGGUCUGCACUCCGGGCCGGUUCCAGGGUCCCCCCCGGUUGAGACCACCCGGCCAGCGGCCAUCAUCCCGCCCGGGGCCAGCAGCUUCCCGACCCCGCAGAUGGAGCCCCUGCCGGCGGUCACCGCCAACAACCCGCCCAAGGGCGUCGAAGAUGACAUGCUCGAUUCCGGUGGUCUCCUGUCCAUCCGCAUCAUCAAGGGCAAGCGCCUGUGCUUCCCGCCCCCCUUCUCGUUGAUCUCCUCGGCUCCCUCCUCACCGACCACGGGUCAGCACUUUUACACCCCCAACCCCCAGACCAUCCAGGCUUCGCCAACCGGCGGCGCUCCCUGCCGGCGCCUGGUUGUCAUCGCGGUCUUGGAGUACGACAAGAACGAGGUGACCCUCGCCGCGCAAAAUGACGACUACCCCAACCCGCUGUUCAAGCACCGGGCGCACUUCGAUGUGGCCGGCGUCGAUGCCGAGAUUGUCCUCUCGGUUUGGAUCAAGUCCCUGGAUUCCGGCGAGCAGGUAUUCGUCGGGUCCAAUCGCAGCCGGCCGAAUUUGGUGGAGGGAAAGACCUUCGACGAUUGGAUGCCCCUUUUCAAUGAGCAGGGCGACCUGAUCGGCGAGCUGGAGAUCCAGACCUCCUUCAAGAAGCCCGAGAAAAAGCGUCUUGCCAUCGAGGACUUCGAGCUGCUCAAAGUCAUCGGCAAGGGGUCUUUCGGCAAGGUGAUGCAGGUCCGCAAGAAGGACACCGGACGCAUCUACGCCAUGAAGAUCAUUCGCAAGCAAAAUAUCGUCGCCCGCGACGAAGUCGAGCACACGAUCGCCGAACGUCGGGUCCUGGCCCGGCUGACGCAUCCAUUCAUUGUUUCCCUCAAAUUUUCAUUCCAGACCCCCGACAAGUUGUACCUGGUCUUGGCCUUCGUCAAUGGUGGCGAGCUCUUUAAGCACCUCCAGGACGAAGGGUCCUUCGAUGAGCGCCGGGCCCGAUUCUACACGGCCGAGCUAUUGAUGGCCCUGGAGUAUCUACAUGGCUUUGACAUUGUCUAUCGCGAUCUCAAGCCCGAGAAUAUCCUCCUCGACUCGAAUGGGCACAUUGCCCUCUGCGACUUCGGCCUCUGCAAGGUAAACAUGACCUCUGGCAAGAAGACCAACACCUUCUGCGGGACUCCGGAGUACCUGGCCCCGGAGCUCCUCCUCGGGGAGGGCUACACCAAGGUGGUUGACUGGUGGACCCUCGGUAUCCUACUUUACGAGAUGAUCACCGGGCUACCUCCCUUCUUCGCCGAUGACAUCGAGGAGAUGUACCAAAAGAUCCUGAAUGCGCCUCUGGUCUUUCCGCCGGAGGUGUCACCAAAGGCGCAGUCCCUGCUGCGCGGCCUGCUAGACCGGUCACCAUCGACGCGCCUCGGCUCGGGUGGCGCCCACGAGAUCCGCGCGCAUCCCUUCUUCGCCGACAUUCGCUGGGAUAAGCUCCACGCCCGGCAGGUGGCCCCGCCCUUCCGGCCGGAGGUUGGCGGGCAGACGGACACGCGGAAUUUCGACGAGGAGUUCACCACCAUGAUGCCGGUCGACUCGGUUGUCGAAAGCGGCGACCACCUCAGCAGCAGCGUUCAGGCCCAGUUCGACGGCUUCACCUAUGUGGCCGAGAGCAAGAUGACCUACGCCGCGACGCCUCACAUGAGCAGCUUCCGGCCCUCAUCAAGUCACCGCGGCUUCUGA